UUGUUUAUAAUUAACCAUAAAAUGUUUAAUACAGGUUUAUAGAGCGCUCAAAAUUAAAUACAACUAAAAAACAAACUGCGCCGGGGGUCACGUGACCCGCGGGUCUGUGUGUGUUCUUCCGGGUGUAACGUUAGUGAUGAAACUCUGAGAAACAUCUGCAGGAGCAGCAGCUUAUAAACACCGCCAUAACACCUCUAUUCACCCCUGUACUCCUCUAUACACACUGCCUCACCUGCUGCUACUGACCCGCUGCUCGCCUGGUCCUGUGAGAUUUAAUUACUGGAUUCUGGAUAAAGACUGGAUCAGCUGCAGGUUUAAGAACUGAGGAGAACUUCAGCAACAGAUCAGCAGCACAGCUUCACCACGAUCACCUGCUCUUCAUUCAUACAGAGAUGCGGAACAGACAGCGAGGCUCUAACCUGGGCCUGCUGCUGCUGGCCUCACAGGUGUUUCAGCUCGGCAUAGACAACAUCCCUCCCGUCACUUUAGCCACACUCGGCCUCAACGUCUACCUCUUCCUGUUUCCUGUAAAGCCCCUCCUUCUGACGUGUGUAAGCGUGCAGCAGGCGUACUGGCAUGGAGACUGGUAUCGGCUCCUUCUGUCCCCGUUUCAUCAUGCAGAUGACUGGCACCUCUAUUUCAACAUGGUGUCCUUACUCUGGAAAGGGAUUAAACUGGAGCGCAGGUUGGGCGGAGCCUGGUUUGCUUACCUGCUGUCUGUUUUCUCUCUGCUCACUGGAGUGGUCUACCUGCUCUUGGAGGCGGGACUCACAGAGCUGACUGAUGAUCCGUCCUUCAGCAUGCAGUGUGCUGUAGGAUUCUCAGGUGUACUCUUCGGGUUAAAAGUGGUGAAUAAUCAUUAUAAUCCGGGUGGCGUGAACUACAUCAUGGGGCUGCCUGUAGCCAAUCGCUACUCCUGCUGGGUGGAGCUUGUUCUGAUUCACAUCAUGAACCCAGGGACAUCGUUUGUGGGUCAUCUGUCUGGUAUCCUGGUUGGGCUGCUGUACACGUCUGGCCCCCUCAGGAAACUGAUGAUGACGUGUGCAGAUUUUGUGAGUUCGAGUGGGCCUUAUAGCAGGCCGAACACACACUUUAACUCAUCAGGCUACAGUGGAUAUGGAAGGUCACCCCCCCCAGAGAAUUCAUCUAAUUACAGACAGAACCCCUAUAACUCCAGCACCUCCUACAGGGAGCACAAUAACUCUAACUAUAACAGCACGUCAGCUCCACCUCAGCACACGUACACAGCCGGACUAUCAGAAGAGGAGCAGUACGACGCAGCCAUCAGGGCCAGCCUUCAGGACCAAGGUGAGCAGGGGGCUCACGCCAAACCAGACCUUCUUAUGGGUUUAAUCUCAGUUCUGACCCACCUUUGGAAGAAAUGCGAAGGCGCAGACUCCAGAGGUUUGACAGAUGAGGAGCUGGUGAAACCAACACAUGGAAUUGACGCUGAAAUGCUUGCAGGGUUAAAGAAGGCUGGAUAUAACCGGUCUAAAGGUUAAAGGCUCAUUUUCUAAGGGUCAAGUCCAAGACCAAAGAAUGACGUGACUUUAAUGUCCAUCAGCAAUAUUACAUUUUAAUUACAUUUAAUAUGAAAUGUUUGCGUAUUAAUUAUUUUGCUCAUUUCUGUUGAUAAAUUAAAAGUCUUAGCUCAGCUACUCACGUUUUGUUAGCUUAAUGCAUUUGGUGACUUUUAAAUUUAGAAGUAGUGCCUUUUUCUAACUGUGUCUGUAUUUGUUAAAAUUAUAUAAUUGAGGUAUUUUAUAUUCAAGAAACUUAUCAAAUGCAUUCAGGUCAUUUGUUCAUCUUAUUUCACUUUACUGAUCUGCUGUGAAUGUGGUAUUCCUGGUGUAUUAAAUAUGUUUACGAAGCGAGGAUUGUCUGUGAAUGUAUAGCCCUAUACAGACAGCACUAGUUUUACCUGGGGAGUGAGGUAUAGUGUAAUUUAAUUACAGGACAUCUGUAAAUGUAGAUGUAGAUGGGAGUGACUACUCGAUUGUCUUCCAAAACAAUGUGAUGAAAACCAAUAUAAUAACUAGGGGUGGGACAAUAUAUUGAUAUAUUGUAUCAAAUAUGUCAAAUAUGGAUAUAUUUAUUGAAGCUUAGGGGCUCUAAACUUUUUACUAAAAGACUAAAAUUUGUCUUGCAGAAUCACAGUAUCAGAUAUCAGAUCGAGAGCUAUGUAUCGUGAAAAUCUAUCAUGACAUAUUUUCCAGCUACAUGUUAAUAAUGUGCUUAUAUUGUUAAUAAUUAUUAUAAUAAUAAUAAUAAGGUGUAGGCAAUCGGCUACACUACAGGGUCGCUUUAAGCUGCCAGAAGUGUUUUGGCAGACAUGAACAACCAACAUUAUUUGUGAAAAACUGGAUAUAUAUUUUUUUUUAUUAUAUUUUUUUAAUCGCACAUCGAUUUGCCAGAAUCUUUACAGACUGCAGAGCAUACAGUCUGUAAAAAUACUAUCAUGGUGCAUUCAUAUGAACCAAACAAAUCUCGCCCAGCUCCCCAGGUAAAAUGAAUCCUCUUUUAACAAAGCUUAUGUUGAUCAAGCCAUUCUAAGUGCCAUCCUAACUUCUCUGGCUUCUGAAUGCAGUCUUUAAGGUGUUCUAUAGUUAACACUGUGAGAGUGUAGGAGUAAAGAGGAAUUUGGAUUGUAAAUUUGCAAAUCUUUGAUACUAUUUAAUCAUUCUUUGAUAUUAUAAAAAGUAUUUUUGUAAACAGAAAAAAAUAAAUCCUUUGUUUUAAAGACGA